GAAGCCUACACUCCACCUAAUAUGGAAAAUACACCAACUUAACAUUCAAAAAAAUAAGCAUCCCACCGCACAUGAAAAUGUCUUCUUCUCUUACUAUUUUUCAUCUUUUUUCUCCCCAUUUUGACACAGUAUGCCUUUUGCUUUAUAAAACCAGAAAUUUCUUCCUCCAUUCUAAGAAUCACCCAUCUCUAAGAUUGUAGACCCAGGAUUUAAUUUUCCCUUUUAGCUCCCAACAUUUCUUUGAAGAAAAAGAUUGAUCCCAUGUGGCUAUAUUAAGUGAAGGUAUUAAGGGUCAAAAUCCUGCUUUGAUGCCCCUGACUCUGCCUAUAUGGGUACCCAUAGAGUAAGAGCAAUAUUUGGUUUGGCUACUUCAAGUUUGUGAAUAAAGGGCACCAAUUGCAAGAGGUACCUUAAUUUUUAGGACACCAAACAACAGGGUACCUAGAUCCUGUGCUGUACAGCCUAUUGGUGACUCAAGAUCUUGGGGAAAAGGGCACCCAUUUAUCACACUGGGUGCCUUGGAUUUAGAACACAAGACCUUGUAGGACACCAAAAAUCUCAUUUCAGUUCAACUAGUACUCCCUUGGGACCCCUUUGGAUAUUGAGAAAGGACACAAAUAUGUCUUAUUGGACAAACAGCAAGAGAUAAAGCUGAGGAGAUCAAUUGGGGCCUUUAUUCUUGGUGUUACAAGACCCCCAUUGGUCACCUGAGUACCCUGGACUUGGUUUUCUAGGAUGCCCCAAGUUACCACACUGUUGUUGAAGUCUAUUUAUGGGUUGCCUGAACCCUAAAAUACCGGUGUUACAAGACCCCCAGCUCCUCAAAGGUCACCUGAGUACCCUGGAGUUGGUUUUCUAGGAUGCCCCAAGUUACCACACUGUUGUUGAAAUCUAUUUAUUGGUUGCCUGAACCCUUAAAUUGGCAUUUUAGGACACCCAAGCUUCCUGAACUGUGUGCUGAGCUUGAAAUCUGGAUUUGGUGCUGAGGUGAACUCAAAGAAAUCUCAUCUAAGUACUGUGUCAUCUCAGUGAUACCAAGCACUAGGUCAUAAGUGUCCCACAUUCACACAGGCUGUAAGGCACUGGCCCUGAAAAUGGUAGCAGGCAAUGGGCUUCUAGUCCCUAUAUUGGGCUUUGCAUCUUCUGUGGCCUUCAUUUAUAUGACUCUUGGGGAUUUAAGGCUCUAUUUUGCAGAACCACAGUUGGGUUUUGUAGAGAAGAAUGGGACUCAGUUCAUGGUGGAUGGAAAAGCAUUUUAUGUGAAUGGGUGGAAUUCUUAUUGGUUAAUGGACCAGGCAGUGGAGGAGUUUAGCAGGCCUAGGGUCAGGGCAAUGCUUCAAGCUGGUGCAAGAAUGGGUCUCACUGUCUGCAGGACUUGGGCUUUCAAUGAUGGUGGUUAUAAUGCACUGCAACUCUCACUUGGGACAAUUGAUGAGCGAGUUUUCAAGGGAUUGGAUCGAGUCAUUGCAGAAGCUCGGCAUCAAGGGAUAAGAUUAAUCCUCUGCCUCGUCAAUAACUUGCAUGCCUAUGGUGGUAAGGGUCAGUAUGUUCAAUGGGCAUUGGAACAAGGGGCAGCUUCAAGCUCUUCCAAUGAUUCUUUCUUUUCUGAUCCAUUCAUCCGCAGUCAUUUUAAAAAUUACAUGAAGACCAUUCUGACUAGAAGAAACAGUUUGACCGGCAUCAAAUACAAGGACGAUCCUACCAUUUUCGCAUGGGAGAUAAUGAAUGAGCCUCGUUGCAAAUCUGAUCCCUCAGGUGACACUCUCCAAGGUUGGAUCAAGGAAAUGGCAGAGUUCGUGAAAUCCAUCGACAAUAAACACUUGUUGAGUGUUGGGAAUGAAGGAUUUUAUGGACCCACAACCCCUGAGAAAUUUGAUAGGAACCCGGGCGAUUGGGCGAGCUCUCUCGGUGUGGACUUCAUUCGCAACAAUAUGAUCUCGGCUAUCGACUUUGCGUCCGUUCAUGCAUAUCCUGAUAACUGGCAAGUGGUAUAUUUUGAUAACUGGUUUCCUGAGCCAUCACCCGAAAAGAAGCUGAACUACCUCGCUAAAUGGGUGAAGUCUCACAUCGAAGAUGGAGACACGAUGCUUCAAAAGCCAGUCUUAUUUACCGAGUUUGGUAUCUCAACACAGCAAGAAGGCUUCGAGCCAACACAGCGUGAUGCUUUUUAUUCGACAAUUUAUGACAUAAUUUACAAGUCGGCAAAGAGAAGGAGAUCGGGAGCUGGGGCAAUGGCAUGGCAAUUCCUUGCUGGAGGCAUGAAUGAGUAUGGCGAUGCCUUUGCAAUUGUGCCAUGGGAAUGGCCCUCGACAUACAGUUUGAUAAUAAAACAGUCUUGUAGAUUGCGUGCUAUACGUCAGGAUAAAGGGCUGGUGGAUAGCGAUUCAAGCUCGAUUUGUUCGUAGUUUUUUUUUUCUUUGUUUUUUCCUCCACUAUUUGAUUGAUUUUGGGUCCAUUUUUUGGAUGAACUUGGCAAUUUGUAGAGGUGCCUCUCUUUCUCUCAGGAUGGCCGAAUGGUGCACCUGAGAAUGUUGGAAGUUUUCUAAUUUCGUUGCCAUGAGAAUGUAGAGGUGCUCUCUCUCAGGAUUUUGGGUUCCUCUAUUUUAUGGUAAAAUUUGUUGCUGUGAUGGUCUUUCCUAAAGAAAGGGAGAGAAAUGAUGUUCUGUUGUGAAAGCAUACGAUAAUAAAACCCUGAGAUGUUUUGUAA